CGUCGUGGUCGCCACGGAGUGGGACUACAGCUCCCAGCAGCCUUUGCGCCCGCAGGGUUCUUGCCCGUCCAGAGUCUGAACAAUGGUCCCGCGGAUAAACUGCUCAAUAACUGGGGCACGUUAGGGGACAAGUUUUAUUGUUGUGCAAACAUAUGCAUUUAUCGUUUAUCUGUCUCGACAAUGUGGAUACCUACAGACAAUGAAAAAUACGGCGUCGUAAUAUCUGGCUUUCGGGGAACAGUCCCUCAUGGUUUACCGUUAGAAGUGGGGGACACAGUUCAAAUAUUGGAAAAAUGUGAUGGUUGGUACAGAGGAUUUGUUUUAAAAAAUCCAAGCACUAAGGGAAUUUUCCCCGCUGCCUAUAUUCACUUGAAAAAUGCAAAUGUCAAAAACAAAGGGCAAUUUGAAACAGUCAUUCCAACAGAAGACACUGUCAUCACAGAAAUGACAGGAACUUUACGAGAAUGGGGGAUUAUGUGGAAACAGCUUUAUGUGAAGAACGAAGGGGAUUUGUUCCACCGGCUGUGGCAUGUGAUGAAUGAACUGCUUGAUCUCCGUAGGCAGGUACUCGUGGGGCAUCUAACACAUGACCGGAUCAAAGAUGUAAAGCGGCACAUUACAGCUCGCCUGGAUUGGGGAAAUGAGCAGCUGGGUUUGGAUCUGGUUCCAAGGAAAGAAUUCAGUAUGGUUGAUCCUGAAGAAAUCAGUGUUACAGAAUUGUACAAAUUGAUGGAGCACAGACAUCGAAAGAAGGAUACCCCCAUACCAACGAGCACCCACCAUCUCUUUCUCCAAAUGAAAAGUUUGAUGUGUACUAACUUAGGGGAAGAACUUGAGGUCUUCUUUUCAAUUUAUGACAGCAGGGAGAAUCAGCCGAUCAGUGAGAGAUUCUUUGUAAAGUUGAAUAAAAAUGGUUUGCCAAAAUUUCCAGAGAGAAUGGAAAGGCAGUGCACACUCUUCAUUGAUUUGGGGAGCAGUGAUCUCAGAAAGGAUAUAUACAUUACUGUUCACAUUAUAAGACUAGGUCGAAUGGCAGCAGGAGAAAAGAAAAAUGCUUCCAGCACACAAUAUCGCCGCCCAUUUGGUUGUGCAGUCCUGAGCAUUGCAGACUUGCUACAAAGUGAGAGGGACAACAGAGAUUCUAAAGAGGACCACAUGCUUAAAGUCUACAUGUGCAAUACUGAAAGUGAAUGGUACCAAAUACAUGAAAAUAUUAUCAAGAAGCUAAAUGCACGGUACAAUCUAACAAGUUCAAAUGCUGGCUUAUCUGUGGCACUGCAGCUGCUGCAUGGAGAUAUUGAUCAGAUCCGAAGAGAGUACCCAGUUUUGUUUACGAGAGGUGUGGCUAUCACCAGAAAAUUGGGCUUCUCAGAUAUUAUAAUGCCAGGUGACAUCAGAAAUGACUUGUACAUAACACUGGAGCGAGGGGAAUACGAGAAAGGAGGCAAGAGUGUGGCCAGGAAUGUGGAUGUAACCAUGUAUGUUUUAGAUAGUGAAGGGCAGGUGUUAAAGGAUUGUAUUUCACUGGGAUCUGGAGAAAUGCCAGUGAGUGAACAUCACUCAUUUGUGCUUUAUCACAACAAUAGCCCCAGAUGGGGUGAGCUGCUGAAGCUUCCAAUUCCUGUGGAUAAAUUUAGGGGUGCACACAUCCGCCUGGAAUUCAGGCACUGUUCCACAAAAGAAAAAGGAGAAAAAAAGCUUUUUGGGUUCUCCUUUGUUCCACUGAUGCAAGAAGAUGGCAGAACAUUACCAGAUGGUAUUCAUGAACUCCUGGUCCACAAGUGUGAAGAAAACACAAAUUUUCAGGAUCCUACUCGCUACCUCAAACUUCCCUAUUGCAAAGGGAACAAUCAGCCAAUUAAAGCUUCCAAGGAGACAUUUUGGAUCUCAUCAUUUCUUUGUUCUACUAAGCUCACUCAGAAUGGAGAUUUGCUAGAUUUUUUGAAAUGGAGAGCCCACCCAGAAAGAAUAUGCGACAUUCUUUCAAAAUUCAAAGAUAUCGAUGGUGCAGAAAUAGUCAAGUUUUUGCAAGAUACACUGGAUGCAUUAUUUGGAAUUUUGGAUGAGAAUUCACAAAAAUAUGGAUUAAAAGUUUUUGAUUCAUUGGUUCAUAUAAUCAAUUUGUUACAGGAUAUCAAGUUUCAGCAUUUUAAGCCAGUCAUGGAUACGUAUAUAGAGAGUCAUUUUGCAGGAGCAUUAGCCUACAGGGACCUUAUAAAAGUACUGAAACGGUACAUUGAUCGUUCAAUAGAAGCAGAGCGACAAGAGCAUAUUCAAGAUGUGCUGAGGGCACAGGAGUAUAUAUUUAAGUACAUCGUUCAUUCUCGGAGCCUAUACGCUCUUGCGACUGGUGGACAGAAUGAGGAAGAAUUUCGAAAUAGCAUUUAUGAACUAUUCCAGUCAGUGAGAUAUUUCCUUUCCAUUGAGAGCCAGGGAUCAUCCAUCAUUACACAAACUCAGGCUGUGUUUCUGAGCUCCUUUCCAGCUGUAUACUCAGAAAUGCUGAAACUGAUAGAUGUGCGAGAAGUUGCAAAUCUGGUUAGAGACACGUUGCGCAGCAUGCCAGAUAUCCUACAUGUGGAAUAUUCACUGGAAGCUGUCAAGCUUCAGUGCAUUGCUAAAACAGUAGAGAGCCAACUUUUUGCUAAUCCCGAUUCUCGCUGCAUUCUCCUACCUGUGGUUCUUCACCAUCUUCACAUGCAUUUGCAAGAACAGAAGGAUCUCAUUAUGUGUGCACGCAUCCUUAGCGCCAUGUUUUGUCUCAUCAAGAAGGAUGGCACUGAGGCAACUGUUUCAGAGGAGGUGGAUAUGCUUGUGGACAGUUUGUUGGGUAUGCUGCUGAGGACCAUAUUAGAAAUCAGCAAUAGGCCACAGCCCUCUGGACCCACAAUUCGUUUGCAAUUUCAGGAUGUAACUGGGGAGUUUGUGGCUUGUCUGCUUGCUCUGCUCAGGCAAAUGACAGAUAAACAUUAUCAACAACUUCUGGAGCACUUCACCAGCAAAGAUGAUCUCAGGGAUUUUCUGCUGCAGAUUUUUACAGUGUUUAAAAUUCUAAUAAGGCCAGAGAUGUUUCCUAAAGAUUGGACGAUAAUGCGCUUGGUUACAAACAAUGUGAUCAUCACUACGAUUCUGUAUCUCUCAGAUGCACUUAGAAAGAACUUUCUAAAUGAAAGCUUUGACUUCAAGGUAUGGGAUUCUUAUUUCUAUUUGGCAGUAAUAUUUAUCAAUCAGCCUUGUCUUCAGCUGGAGAUAUUUUCGCCAUCAAAAAGGAAGAAAGUUCUGGAAAAAUAUGGAGACAUGAGGGUGAUGAUGGGGUGCGAGAUCUUCAGUAUGUGGCAAAACCUAGGAGAGCACAAGCUGCACUUUAUUCCUGGACUAAUUGGACCAUUUCUAGAAGUAACUCUUGUACCUCAGGCAGACCUUCGGAAUGUGAUGAUCCCAAUUUUCCAUGACAUGAUGGACUGGGAGCAGAGACGUACAGGAAAUUUCAAACAGGUGGAAGCAAAAUUGAUAGACAAGCUGGACAGCUUGAUGUCAGAAGGCAAAGGUGAUGAAACUUACCGGGAGCUUUUCAACAGCAUAAUACCACUUUUUGGGCCUUACCCUAGCCUGCUGAAAAAAAUUGAGAGAGAAACCUGGCGAGAAAGUGGUAUUUCUCUAGUAGCUACUGUAACUCGCCUAAUGGAAAGGUUGCUGGAUUACAGGGACUGCAUGAAAGUGGCGGAGGUGGAUGGCAAAAAGAUCGGCUGUACAGUUAGUCUGUUGAAUUUUUAUAAGACAGAAAUAAAUAAAGAAGAAAUGUACAUCCGUUACAUACAUAAGCUGUACGAUCUGCAUUUAAAGGCACAAAAUUUCACAGAAGCUGCAUACACUCUGCUGUUGUAUGAUGAGCUCCUGGAGUGGUCAGAAAGGCCACUGCGAGAAUUCCUUCAUUACCCAAUGCAGACUGAGUGGCAGCGCAAGGAGAUCCUCCAUCUUACCAUCAUCCAGAACUUUGACAAGGGCAAAUGCUGGGAAAAUGGGAUUAUCCUUUGCCGUGAAUUAGCAGAUCAGUACGAGAGCUUCUACGACUACCGCAACCUAAGCAAGAUGAGGAUGAUGGAAGCUGCUUUCUAUGAUAAAAUCAUGGACCAACAGCGUUUGGAACCUGAAUUUUUCAGGGUCGGAUUUUAUGGGAAGAAAUUUCCAUUCUUCCUAAGAAACAAGGAGUUUGUUUGUCGAGGACAUGAUUAUGAGAGAUUGGAGGCUUUCCAACAGCGAAUGUUGAAUGAGUUCCCACAUGCAAUUGCUAUGCAGCACGCCAACCAGCCUGAAGAGACUAUUUUUCAGGCUGAUGCACAAUAUCUGCAGAUUUAUGCGGUAAUUCCCAUUCCUGAGAAUCAUGAUAUACUGCAGAAAGAAACUAUUCCUGAUCAUAUUAAGAGUUUUUAUAGGGUUAACAAUAUCUGGAGGUUCAGAUAUGACAGACCAUUCCACAAAGGAAUCAAAGACAAAGAAAAUGAGUUUAAGAGCUUAUGGGUUGAGCGGACGACCUUGACAUUAGUUCAAAGUUUACCGGGUAUCUCCCGCUGGUUUGAAGUGGAUCGGCGAGAAGUGGUUGAAAUGAGUCCACUUGAAAAUGCAAUUGAGGUGCUGGAGAACAAGAACCAACAACUGCGAACCCUAAUCACCCAGUGUCAGUCAAGGCAGAUGCAGAAUAUAAAUCCCCUGACCAUGUGCCUCAAUGGGGUCAUCGAUGCAGCAGUUAAUGGAGGACUUGCCAGAUAUCAAGAGGCAUUCUUUGUAAAGGACUACAUUCUCAACCACCCUGAAGAUGGGGAGAAAAUCUCUCGUCUGAGGGAGCUUAUGUUUGAACAGGCACAUAUUCUGGAGUAUGGCUUGGCUGUACAUGAAAAAGUUGUGCCCCAAGACAUGAGGCCAUUGCACAAGAAGCUGGUGGAUCAGUUCUAUGUGAUGAAGUCCAGAUUGGGUCUGCAGGACUUCCCUGCAUAUUCCCGCGUGAGUCCCAUACACCUAACAAACGGAAGUCCCCGCACUUGCCGGAAUCCCGCACUGGGUGCCAUAAGCCCAGAUGGAGCCAGAAUUGUCAACCGACGCAGCCCAUUAAGUUAUCCGGCAUUCAACAGAUAUUCUUCUUCAUCCUUGUCAUCUCAAGCAUCAGCUGAAGUUAGCAACAUCACUGGCCAGUCUGAAAGCUCUGAUGAAGUCUUUCAUAUGCAGGCAAGUCCAUCUACCUCAAGCUUAAGCUCCACACAUUCAGCUUCCCCGAAUGUUACAAGCUCAGCUCCAUCCAGUGCCAGAGGUUCCCCACUGCUAUCUGAUAAGCACAAACAUUCAAGAGAAAAUACAUGUCUUUCUCCCAGAGAGCGGCCUUGUAGUGCCAUUUAUCCAAUAUCCAUGGAACCAACACAGCAGACACUUACCCAGCAAAUUGGUGACUCAUGCAUGCCCCGAAGUGAUCCCAAUUUAUCUGCACCUGAAAAAGGUUCACCUGCAAAGACAUACAGAUCCUUUUCUCCACAGGCAUUUGAUACUCCACCUGCACUUCCCAGAUCUCCUCAUAAGAUAAUGGGACGUGGAACUAGUUUUGGCAAGCGGUACCUUAAGGCCUUUGUUAGUGGUUUCUUUGUUGCUGUUCCAGUUACUGUGACAUUUCUGGAUCGUGUCGCCUACAUUGCAAGGGUGGAGGGUGCAUCAAUGCAGCCAUCAUUAAACCCUCCUGGAGGAACUACAUGUGACAUAGUGCUUUUAAACCGAUGGAGUGUGAGGAACUAUGAAGUACAGCGGGGUGACAUCGUGUCUCUCGUGUCACCCAAAAACCCAGAGCAGAAAAUAAUCAAGCGAGUGAUUGCCCUUGAAGGAGAUAUCAUCAAAACUAUGGGGUACAGGAACAGAUACAUAAAGAUUCCCAAUGGGCACUUGUGGAUUGAAGGAGAUCAUCAUGGCCAUAGCUUUGACAGUAAUGUUUUUGGACCUGUUUCACUUGGACUGGUUCAUGCCCGUGCUUCACACAUCAUCUGGCCCCCCAAUCGCUGGAUGAAGUUACAAGCACAACUGCCUGAGAAACGGAGACCUCUGAUGUCUCAGGAUGAUGAAUCUGUUGAUGCAGCAUCAAGUUAGCAGGUGGCUGAAUGAAGCAAGGUUCCAGCAUGAUUGACUAGCUGUUCUUCUAAUUGCAGAAGUGCUUUGCAACAUUUCAUUACAUUGCACAUUUUACACACAUGGAAUACUUCUGUAGUGUACUCUAUCACAUAGAACAUGUUUAUUUGAUUCUUACUACUGUUUUAGUUGUAUUAGUUGCUGAUUUUGAAUAAUAUACCUGCUUUUUGAGCCAGAAAUCUGAAUUUAAAAGGAAAUGUCAGUGAAAUUCCAAUGGAGUCCAAUAACUCCAACUCCUUUUCUUCCAAUUAAGCCUUUAGGAAACAUUUGAUGUCAUCGAUAUGAUGUUAAGAUGAGGGCCCACUUUGUCAGCAUGACUGUGGAAGAACAAAAUCUUUAAAUUGUGGGCCAAAACCUAUUAUUUACUGGGUCAGAUUGCACCAAUUCAUGCUUGAAAGAACUCCUCAUGAUCCAAAUAGAUGGAAACAUGUUUAUAAACUUUAUCUGUUUCUUUCCAUCAGCUCUGACUGAACAAGAUUUUGAUCCUUUCAUUUGCCACAAAGACAUUUGUUGCUGAACUCAACCAGCACAGGUAACAGAUCCCCAUGAUGCAGGGGAAGUGGACAGAAGAUCCAGUCCACAUGUGUAGGAGUCACCAGAUAUCAGUAAAAUUGUGCCCAAGUUCCUUCUCUGACAUAAAAGAUAAGUUGUUUAGGGCCUGGACAUUCUUAGCCUAAGUGGUUGAAGCUGGUAUAAAAACAAUGUUCUUUCACUUGUGAACCUUAGGCCUAAACCCAGCCUAAAUUAAGAAAAUGAAUAUCACCUCUUCUUUUGCCACCCCAUAAAGAUCUAACCUGAAAUGUAUGAAUUCAAACCAGUCUCUCAUAGCUGCCUGCAGAUUACCACCACAUUAAAAAUAAUGACAUUAUAAAGAGGACAACAUGGGCAAGUGUAGGUUGUACAAUAUUGCACACUACAAGGAUAGUCUUUGGAGAAUGAUAUUCAUGGGACAGAAUUAAAGGAACUUUAUCUUCUUUGACUUAGCAAGGGCAUUUAAUAUUUUCACUGGAUUAGUACUAUCAUCCUCUUUCUUCUUCUUAGACAGUCCCUGAGAGGUGAAGGGUGACUUGCUCCCACUCUUGUUCUGUGAAGUGGCUGAUGAAACCUGUGUGUGAUCUACAAAUGGAGACAGUGCACUGUUGUAUGUCAGGUGGUGUGCUUUCUUCCAUUUUCGCUGGGAUUCUCAGUGCCAUCUCAGAUGGUCCUUCUCCAUGCUAAUCAGACACAGGACAGAUAUUCCCAAGGGUUAGUAAAGAUGCUACAUUUUUUUUCCAAGCAGAUUUUGACAAAAACCCUUGAAACAUUUUCUCUGUUGUGGUAAUCUUUUGUAGUUACAAAGCUUGCAGUAAGAUGCUUGGUGUGCAGGUCAUGUGAACAAUGUGACUUGCCCAUUGGAGAUGGUCGAGUAUAAGAAGAGCUUCAGUGCUCUAGAUGUUAACCCAGAAGAUCAGCUGAUGUUGGUUCAUACCCUGAUUUUGAAAUGAAAUGUUGGUGUUGCCUCUUUGACAUGUCUGUUGUAAGUAGUUAUCUCUGAAGUUUAAAAGAGGCCGGGGAUCAGGUAGACUAUCAGCUCACUACCUGGCUUGAGAUCUUCAAACAUCUUUCCUCACAUAGCCAAGGGUUGUGCUGGCACCACUGAAGACUAUAGAAUUGCAUCAAUGAUGUUUUCCCUCAUUGAGAGGCAAUCCCUGAGAUAUAAAAACUGAUCUACACUUUCAGGGGUCUUGAUCUUUGUUGUCAGUGAUCAAUGUUGAGCAGUGGAGGUAGGUUAGUCGAGGAUGGUUAGUAUAAAGCCAAGUCAUCACUGGGUAACAACAAACAAAUCCUCUGCUCUGCACCCUAAUAGUCUGAUAAUUAAGCAGACAUUCCAUUCAAAGUAUAAAUGUUAAAUAUUUUUAAUGGAGGUUUUGUGAACUCAACAUACCUCUGAACUAGAUUUUGCAAGUCUUUGCUUUAAUAUUUUACUUCAAGGAAAAUAAAAAUUUCCUGUUUCUCAACAGCUUAGAAAAUUAUGACCAUAAAAGACAGUAUUUUAUCUAAAAGAACUGAAAAUGACUCCUUUUAAUGUUUACUUCAUGAUAAUUAUAAAGGUUAAUUUUACCACAGGGAUUCACAAAAGUAUAAUUUUUCAACAAGAAAAACUUCCCUGACCUGGCAGCUUCUGAAUGUGAAUAGCCUGCAAGACUGUUUGGACUCUCCGAGGUCCUGACCAUAUUUAGUCUAAUCUUUAAACAGAGUCAUGAGGAGGCUUAUUGAUUUCACCUCAUCUGUAUUUUAGGUUAUGUAAAUACAGCUUAUUUCUAUUUUUAUUCAAAACUCAAAACAAUCUUUCCCCUUCCCACCUCCUAGAUGCUUCAAUAGAUAAAUUCAUCACUUAUUAAGAUGGUCUUUAAUGCAAACAGGAAUGAACAUAAGUUCGAUCCCUGUGAUUUAAACUGGCAAUCAUUUCAACAACAGGGAAGGAAAUAACUUUCAGGAUUCUUGGGACUCAUUGAUGAGCAAUGUAAAAGUGUACAUGUUAGAUGAUAACACAAUGACACCUACCAAUAGUGGUGUCCAAGGGGUCUGUGCACAUGCCAAGCUAAGAUAUUAUUUCAGCCACUUCAACCCUGCUAAAUCAAGGUAUUUAAAACACUUAAGAAGCAUAUGUGACAAAUAUUAACAGAGCCUUAACUCAAAUUCCAUAAAUGGUGGAUUUUCAGUGCGGAGCAGCUGAAUCAUAGGAGUUGUGAGGUAUUCAAAGUAUUUUUUAAAAAAUUUGUUGCUAUUUGUAUUUCUGACUAAAAAUAGUUAACUCUGGAAGGGGCACCAAAACUUAAAAGAAAGACAAGGCAAAUAGUUGUAUUGAAGAUAAUGGAUCUGGGAUAAUUGUGUGAACUUUUUUCUCCAUAGAGCAUCCAGGCAUACAAUAUAGACUAUUAAAAUAAUAGAUUAUGUAUUCCAUAUCUUUUCAAAAAGUACUGGAAGGAAGUGGUUUGGUGGCCAAACUGUUGGAUUCUGUACUCUGCAGUGUUGUUUGAACAACGCCUUUACUACCUCUUGGUGUAGUUGCUCAUUGAAGAUAAGAAGAACAUGCAAAUAACUGCCAUUCAACUUCACUGGAGAAGAGCACCUCGUGUAAACAAAUCAUAGGCAAACCUAAAGCCUGGUUAUCAUAGCUCAGGGACGACAAGCAAAUAAUGUGAGAGCAGAACUAGAGUUAAGACAUAAUUAUGGUCCUUUCAAAAAUUAGAGAAGGAUGAUUGGCAAUUAAAAUGCUACAAAUAGUGAUAAAUAAGUCUACGUCAUAUGCAAAUUACAAUUUAUUUUACAUAGUAUGAUACAAGUGAGAAGAAAUGUUGAAAGAUGAGGACAAACAAGACCAUUUCUCUAUGAAGAGUUGAUAUUGAAUAAAUCUUGAAGUCUGCUUUUAUUUUAGAAUUUUAAAAGACAUUCUACCCCGUACUAAUCCUAAAGUGCUCUGUACCAUGAAGUUCCUACAGAAUAUUAUCUUCAUUAUCAGUCUGUGGUAGACAGUUCUGCAGUUGUGCAAUUACUGUUAUUUUAAUAUUCUUAUCAAAAGUACUUUUAAAAUAAUUGGCACUCCUUUUAUAUAUUCAAUGGUCUAGUGUUAAGCACACAUUGUAAAAAGCAACAUACCAAUAGGAUUCACAUGAUAUGCAUAAGUUAGUUGGUUGGGUCUGGUUAAAAAGAAAUAUUGAAAAAAAUAAUAAAAAUGUGUAAAUAUGGUAUUUUGUUGUUGUACAAAAUUCUGCUUUAGUUUCCUUCACCAAAUAAAUUGCAGUUUGUCACAAAUAUCUGUGACUGAGUACAGGUAUGCACAAUAAGUUAACUGGAGCAAAAAAUUUGCAAAUGCUAAACCACUCAGUAGGUCUUUUGGUGUGGGAGGGGGGGUGAAACAUUUCAAGUCAAGGGUCUUUUGUAACAGCUGGAAAAGUGAGAAAUCAAAUGUGUUUAAGUUGCAGAGAGGGGGCAAGAACAGAGGGAAUGUCCAUGAUCAUGUGCAAUCCAAAGUUGUCAAGGCAGCGAUCACUUUACGAAAAAAAACAGCAGUUGGAGACAGAAAAGAAUAAUGAAAAAAACUGAACCAGAAAGUUAUAGCAGAUCCAUGGAGAGAAAGAGGAAAAAAAAGUUACCUGAAAUUGUUUUAACAUAGAAUAUAGAACAGGCCAUUCAGCCCAUGAUGUCUGCACGGAACACAAUGCCAAAUUAAACUAGGUCUCUUCUGCCUGUACAUCCCUCCAUUCCCUGCAUAUGUAUGUGUCUAUCUAAAACCUUCUUAAACACUACCAUCGUAUAUGCACCUACUACUCUGUGUGUGUGUGUGUGUGUGUGUGUGUGUGUGUGUGUGUGUGUGUGUGUAGAAAAAACUUGUCACGCAAAUCUCCUUUAAACUUUCACCCUCUCACAUUAAAUGCGUGUCCUUAAGUACUUAAUGCAUAUCCUUAAGUACUUGACAUUACUACCCUGGAAAAAAGAUUCUGACUGCCUACCCUAUCUAUGCCUUUCCUAAACUUCUAUCAGGUCUCCUCUCAGCCUCUAACGCUCCAGAGUAAACACGCUGGAGUGUGCCCUUUCCAAAGCCCCCAUGUCUUUUCUGUAAUGGGGCAACCAGAAUUGCACACAAUGCUCCAAGCGCGGCCUAACCAACACUUUAUGUAACUACAACACAUUUUCCUUACUCUUAUACUCAAUGCCCGAACAAUGAAGGCAAGUAUGCCAUACACCACCUCUACCACCCUAGCUACUUCCAUAGCCACUUUCAGGCAACUAUGGACUACAGACCCAAAAUCCCUCUGUACAUCAAUGCCAUUAAGAGUCCUGCCAUUAACUGUAUACCUUCCCCUUACAUUUAGCGUCACCGUAUUAAACUCCAUCUGCUGUUUCUCUGCCCAUAUCUGUAACUGAUCUAUGACCUUCUUUCUGUCCACAACUCCAUCAAUCCUUGUGGCGUCUUCAAACUUACUAAACCCACCCAUCUACAUCAAAGUUAUUUACAUACAUCAUAAACAACAGAGGUCCCAGCACCAAUCCCUGUGGAACACCACUGGUCAUAGACCCCUGACCAGAAUAAGACCCUUCCACUACUACUCUGUCUCCUAUGGGCAAGCCAAUUCUGAAUCCAAAGUAACCUAGUCACCAUGGACCCCAUGCAUCUUCAUCUUCUGGAUCAGCCUACCGUGAGGGAGGGACCUUGCUAAAGUCUAAGGCAAUUGAUGUCAGUGUUAUUAAUCACCUUCGUCCCCUCCUCAAAAAAAACUCAAUCAAAUUUGUAAGACAUGACCUGCCCCACACAAAGCUAUGCUGUCCCCAGUCAAGCCAUGCUUUUCCAAAUGUGUGUAAAUCCUAUCCAAUAGUUUCCCUUUCACUGAUCUGAGGCUUACCGGCUUAUAAUUUUCUGUAUUAUCCUCAGUGUAAACUCAGUAUUACAUUACAAUGACUGUAGUCUACCCAGAUAAAAGAUGAAGUGCUGUUCCUCCAGUUGAUAUUAGGCACUGUUAGAGCAAUGUAGGAGACUGAAGACAAAAAGUGUAGGAGACUGGAAGCUUUGCGUUCAUUCUGAGGCCAGGCUGUAAGAGACUGGAAGCUUUUACAGACUGGCCCUCACCCUAGACUGUGCGCCAUUUCUCCUUUCUUCACAAUUCCUGAUCCAACUGGAUCCCUCAUUCUACCCUCCUACCCAUUGUAGACACAUUCAUUACAACUAACAGUGAAACAGUGGCAGUCUGAAUUUUUCCUACACUCCUCUGAACUUGCCACACAUCGUGUGUUCCACACAUUAAGGGCCAACCCUGACUUGGACCUCAAACCUGUAAACAAGGACGGUGCUGUGGUAGUUUGGUGAACUAACUGCUACCUAGUGGAAGCCUAAUGUCAGCUCUCAGACACCACCCCAAUGCCUCUCACUGGACCACAAUCCCACCAGCAACCAUCAGACCAUCACUUCUCAGAUAUUCCUUGACCUCAGUUCCUUGGGAGAUCCUCCUUCCAUGGCAUCAAGCUUCACGGUCACCCAGAGCUGCACCACAUGCCUCUACCUCUUAGCCAAGAUCACAGAUCAUUCUAUUCUGCUGGUUCCUUUUUUCUCAGCUUGUUCUUAUACCACAGAACUCAUUUCUUCCUACUUUAAUCCCACACUUUCUCCACUUGUUCAUUCCCUUACCACUGACAUCCUUGUUGCCUCUGAUGCCCUCCAGCACUUUGUUUCCAGAUUCCUGGUGCCAAAUGACUCAUCUUCACCAUAGGCAUUGAAUCCCUCAGUACCUCGAUCCCAUACAGAAUAGUCUGAGGGCCCUUUAUUUUUUCCCUGAACAGAGGCUUAGCUAAUCCCUUAAUUCACCGCUCUCCUUCCCCUGGCUGAACUCUUACUGACCUGGAGAAACUGGGUGUUGUUCAAAGGCAUAGUUAUGGGAAUUUGUAUGGACCUAAGCCAUUCAUGCCUUUUGUUGAUUACAUGGAACAGUUCUAUUCAGGCCCUACCCCUCAACUUUCUUUCUGUUACAUUGAUGACUGAAGCUUCCUGCAAUGGUACAGAAUUUAAAAAUUUCAUCAACUUUUCUGCCAGUUUACAUCCCGCUCUUAUGUCUGUGUCUGAUUAUACCCAUCCCUUUCUUGACAUCUCUAACCCCAUCUCAGGAGGUGGUUGGCUAGCAAUAUCCCAUUGAAAUUCCACCAAUUCCCACAGCUAUCUCAAGUACCUCCCCAUUCUGCAUCCUGAAAGGGCUCCAAUCCAUUCUCCAAGUUCCUCCACUUCCGGCAGGAUUCUGAACUGUUUCUCCUCUGCUCUCACUCCCUCUCUCCUCAACCAGAUCAAGGAAUUUCCCUCAUUCUUACUCCAUCCCAUCAGCCUCCACAUUCAAUGGAUUAUCCUCCAUAGUUUCCUCUAUCUCCACCAGAAUUCCACCACCAGACACACCUUUCCUUUCAUCAUCCUGAAGAAUGUGUUCCAUCCAUGACUCCGCGGUCCCCUCUUGCAGUUACAACAACAAUUCCCCCUCUCACAGCACUUUCCCAUGCAAUCAGAGAUGUAACAUCUGCUUUUCUCCCUCUUCCCACCAUCCAGGGAUCCAAACAGUCCUUACAGGUGAAGAAGUGAUUCACAAGAACUUCUGAUUUAGUAUACAUUACAUUCAUUAUUCUCAAUGUCGUCUUCUCUACAUUGGAGAAACCAAACGCAGAUCGGAUGACUACUUUGCAGACCAAGUCCAUUCAGUCCACAAGGGUGACUCUGAGACUCUAGCGUCACAUCAGUUUAAUUCUCCAUCCCAUUCUCUCACUGUCUCCAUGCCCCUUAUACUGGUCCAAGUAUGACCAAUGUAAGGUCAAGGAACAGCACCUCAUCUUCCAUUUGAAAAUGUUACAACUAUUGGGAUUUCUUAAUAUUGAGUUUUAACAAUUUCUGGUAAUCUCUUUGUUUCUCUUUCAAUGGUUUGUCUGGAUCCUUCUGGUCCAAUUUAUUUUGCUUUUUUCUCUUCCGUCUCCAAAUGCCGUUUUUAUAGUCAUUGUUACCUUGACAACAUCGGUUUGUAUCAUAUCACAGAUGUUCCCUGUGUUCCCUACGCCUUUCUCAUCUCGGCAACUUAAAUAAUGCUUCUCACUUUUCCAGUUCGGAUCAAGGGUCUUGACCAAAUGUCAAUUAUGUUCAUCUGUCCACUGAUAGUGCCUGACCUGCUGAAGCUUUCAGCAUUUUGUCCAUUUAUAAAUAAAUUAUUCAUCAAGCCAAUGUAAACAGUAUGAUGUAUUCUUGUAUAGUCUCAUUUCAUUAUUCGACAUUCUUCAAGAAAUGAUAAAUACAUAUUUGGCCAUAAAUAAUUACAUCAAUCAAAAUUAUACGCUCUUGUGAUUGUUUAAAAUAGAAGCCAACUAGUCUAUUCUAAGUGAAGCAAUAUAUCACACACUAAAGAGUUGGCCAUUCUACCUGAUCAUCAAACUAAACUCUGUUUAUCUACCAUUACUUUUUGCUACCCUUAUUUGACAUACAAUCAAUCAAUAUCAGUCUUGAAAUUUUCAAUUAACAUUGACCACAACCUUUUGGUUGGCGUUUUCCAGAUGUCCACCACUGUACACAUUAUUUGAAAAAAUGUUUCCAAGUUCCAUCCUAGCUGAUCUAGCGUGUGAU